UGGCAGUUUAGGAUAUAGGGGAAAAAAAAGUUUAAAUAUUAACUAGACUGGUUUGACUUCAGGUUAAUCAAAUGCAACUGUCUGAUGUAAAUAAUUUGGAACUUAAAUCUAAUACCAGAAGAAAAUGAAUCCUGAGGUGGAUAUGAAAGCUGAGGACUGCAAUCACGCAGAAGCUGAAGCACACGCGGGAAACGGGCACGCGCCGCUCGGCUUUGCUUUCGUCAGCUCCGCCGCAGCUCGUCUGUCUGCCUGUUGUCAUGGAGGAGCCAAGAUGGCGGUCCUGGCCUAUAACCUAGGCAAACGGGAAAUAAAUCAGUAUUUCAGCAUCAAAAAUGCAAAGUUGCUGGCAGCCGCCGCUGUCGUCCUUCUCACUGUGUUUCACGCGGCUUCUCGACAUUAUGGAAGCAGUGACACAUGUGACUGGCUGUUAUCCAGUGGACGUUUUUUAGGGGACAAUGUGUGGCAGCCCUAUGGGUGCAUGUUACACAAGUACAAAAGCACUGAAGCAAAGUUCUGCCUCAGAGAGAAGAGAAUAGCAUUUGUCGGAGACUCUAGAAUACGUCAGCUCUUCUAUUCUUUCAUCAAAAUGAUGAACCCUGAGGUGAAAGAAGUUGGGAACAAGCAUGAGAACAUCCCUUUUGUCGAUGGUGAUUCCACUGUGAAUUUCCUGUGGUACGCAGAAGUGAACAAUUCCUUGAAGGAGCAGUUAAUGUUAUGGACUGAGGGAUCUGCUUCCAAACCACAUGUCAUCAUCAUUGGUGCUGCUACGUGGUCCAUUAAGUUGCACAACGGCAAGAGUGAGGCGCUUUUUCAGUACAAGGCAAACCUCACAGCUAUAGCAGACACACUGGAAAAACUAGCCGAGCACAGUGAAGUCUACUGGGUUCUACAAGAUCCUGUUUAUGAGGAUGUGCUAAGUGAAAGCCGAAAGAUGAUCACAAAUGAGCAGAUAAAUCUGUACAAUGAGGCAGCAGUUAGUACCCUGAAUACCAGCAAAAAGAAGGUCAAAUUCCUGGAGGCAUCUAGGCAAGCUGCUAUGGAGACCAUUUCUCAGUCGGUGGACGGCCUGCAUCUUCCUGAGAGCACAAGAGAUGUUGGCGCCAUGGUACUUAUGAACUCCAUGUGCAACAAGAUCCUGAAGCCCAUUGAUGGCUCCUGCUGUCAGAGCGCUCCUCCGCUAAGCGUCCUUCAGAAGCUAGCAGCUGCUGUCCUCCUGGUGUCCGUCGUCUGCUUCGUCCUGCUGGGCUUCAGCUCACAUCGGAAGAGCAGACCCGCUCCUGAUGUGGAGAGCGGAGAGGAGAAAAAACACCCCGCUGCUGUGGGGCAGCUCAACCCAAAGGGACCAUUACUGGCCAUCGGCAAGAUGAGCCUCAUCAUGCUGUACUUCUACCUGUGUGACCGGGCUGACAUCUUUAUGAAGGAGCAGAAAUUCUACACACACUCCGCUUUUUUCAUUCCUCUCAUCUACAUCUUCGUUCUGGGUGUCUUCUACAGUGAGAACAGCAAAGAGACAAAACUUUUGAACCGAGAGCAGACGGAUGAAUGGAAGGGCUGGAUGCAGCUGGUCAUUCUUAUUUAUCACAUUUCUGGAGCCAGCGCAUUCAUACCGGUGUACAUGCACGUCCGUGUGCUGGUCGCUGCGUAUCUCUUCCAAACAGGAUAUGGACACUUCUCCUUCUUCUGGCUAAAGGGAGACUUUGGACUUUACAGGGUUUGUCAGGUUCUCUUCAGGCUUAAUUUUCUUGUGGUGGUGCUGUGUCUGGUUAUGGACAGGCCUUAUCAGUUUUAUUACUUUGUGCCUCUGGUCACCUUUUGGUUUGCAGUUAUUUAUGCCACAAUGGCACUGUGGCCACAGAUUCUUCAAAAGCAAGCUAACGGUAGUGCAUUCUGGAAUCUGGCCCUGUUGUUGAAACUUCUGGGUUUGCUUCUUUUCAUCGGAUUUUUUGCAUACUCGCAGGAACUGUUUGAGGGCAUUUUCUCUGUAUGGCCUCUUUCUAAGCUCUUUGAACUGCAAGGAAGCAUCCAUGAGUGGUGGUUCAGGUGGAAACUGGACCGAUUUGCUGUGGUCAAUGGGAUGCUGUUUGCCUUCAUUUACCUGCUGCUGCAGAAAUAUCAGCUGCUGUCUGAAGGCAAAGGAGAGCCUCUCUUCUCCAACAAGAUUUCCAACUGUCUGCUCUUUGUUUCUGUCGUUUCUUUUAUGACGUACUCCAUUUGGGCCAGUGGGUGCAAAAACAAGUCCGAGUGUAAUGAGAUGCAUCCAUACAUUUCUGUUGUGCAGAUUCUGGCUUUCAUUUUGAUCCGGAAUAUUCCUGGUUACGCUCGCUCUUUGUACAGCUCAUUCUUUGCAUGGUUUGGAAAGAUCUCCCUAGAGCUCUUCAUAUGCCAGUAUCACAUUUGGUUGGCAGCAGACACCAAGGGCAUCCUGGUCCUCAUUCCCGGAAACCCCACGUUAAACAUAAUCGUCAGCACCUUCAUCUUUGUCUGCGUGGCUCAUGAAAUCUCCCAGAUCACCAAUGACCUGGCCCAGGUGGCCAUCCCUAAAGAGAGCGGGCCUCUGCUGAAGAGACUGCUGGGAGCUGGAGUCUUUCUAGUGCUGGUACUGACACUGUCCCAAAAAGACUAAAGCAAUCCGGAGUACAUCAGAAUAAAGGCAGCCCAGAACGUUUAUUUCCUAGGAAUCAAUCCAGGGAUCUGUUUAACGCCAUUGGUCUGAAUACAAAACUCAAGCCAAGGAGCGCCUGUGAAAUGGAUUCUUGCAUUCGACAAAUCGCACGAGAAACUGUGUGCAAACUAACGCUCCAUCUCUGAGAUGAGUUUUACAGACAGUAUUUAAUAAUAAUAAUUUAUGUUUGUAUUUUAUAC